AUGUCCAUCUAUGGCGAUGUCGACGCUCAGCCAGUGUUCUUGACAAUAGCUGCGAGUCUGGAUCAGAAUCACCUUACCAAUACAAGUCUGCAACUUCGGUCAGGAGUUGAAAAUGCAACAAUACUCCAAUCCGAGCUGGCUCAGAUCGCUUACCAGCCGGACGCUGCCUGGAACUCAACAAAUUACAAAGGACGUUCAGGACUCUACGCAUUCCUGAACAUCACUUCUUCCGAACGGGAAUAUCCCCUCAGAAACCACUCAGCGAUGUUCAUGGGUGGCUCAUUUACCUUUAACGAGGACGACCCGCGCUCUCCAUCUGCCCUUGGCCAAAUUGUGCUGAACUAUUUCUGCAAUGGACUUCUGGAAGCUGCUCAGAAACAGACGCAGGCUUACUGUUGCGCUGGUUAUGUCCCACCGAAUACGGUCCAAAAGCUUCUUCUUCUGGCAGGCUCAUGCGCAAUCCUUCUCCACCUGUGUCUGUGGCUACUCCGCAGAAAGCUCUUCGGUCUAUCCGGCAACAACCUGCAGUCAGCUCCAGAAACACGUCGCGUAGUGGCUGCGGUUGCCACAACAUCAGCAGCUGUGAUAACCUGUUUUGUGGCCGACCGUACUGCACUACUUGAGAAGGCCUCGCAGGAUGUGGACUUGACCACAUUUAUCUUCCUAGCAUCGAUCGCAUUGCUCGCGGGAAUUGUUACCUGUCGCCACUGUCAAAGUCCAUCGAAUGCUUUGGACCAGAGCAAGGGCUCAGCCCAAGGAGACCACUGUUUCUUGUCCAGGCAGCAGACAGAAGAAUGGAAAGGUUGGAUGCAAAUCGUGAUUCUCUUAUAUCACUACUUCGGCAUGUCGAAAAUCCUCUGGGUCUACCAGUUCGUGCGUCUGCUGGUCGCCUCCUACCUCUUCAUGACCGGAUUUGGACACACUACAUAUUUCAUCACCACGAACGAUUUCUCCUAUCGACGAUGCGCAAGUGUGCUGUUGCGAACCAAUCUACUCAACAUUACUCUUGCCUUUGUGCUAGGGACACGGUACGACUUGUACUACUUUCCGAUGCUGACGAGCGUAUGGUUCCUCAUCGUCUGGAUCACGAUCCCCCGGACACCAGAGUCUGGGGUAGAUAUGUACUGUUGCGUCCGCAGAACUGGCCUGUCUGCGGUAGUGGUCAGACUGGCCCUUGAGCGCGGAGCCUCGAUCGCGUCCUUGCUGAACAGUUUUGGUGCCGCGCGGAUUGGCCUCCCCAAAAUCGAUGGACGCGAGUUUCUCUUCAGAUUUGGUCUGGAUGCGUACAUCGUAUAUGUCGGCAUGGUCACAGCAAUUCUCUUUGCCUGGUCUAAAGGAAGAAAGGGCCUUCCUCACCACAGUCCGUCGUGGUCCCCGCGCGCUUGCCCUCGGUUGAGUUCCGCUGUGGUGGUGUUGGCUGCCGCGCUUGGCAUUCCAGCAUAUGCAUGGUUUUGCCAUGCUUUCCGGGACAAGAUCCAGUACAACAAGUGGCAUCCCUUCGUCUCACCGCUGCCUGUGGUAUCUUUCAUCAUUCUGCGGAACUCGACAUGCCGACUCUCUAACCAUUACAGUCGACUAUUCGCCUGGUUCGGGCGCUGCUCCCUCGAGACUUUUGUUUUGCAGUAUCACCUGUGGCUCGCCGCCGACUCUCGUGGCGUGCUUCAUACAGGAGUUUUCAACAACCUGUUCAGGUCCGUCCACGCCAGGUAUAUGCUGGGAGUCUUGGAUACUGCUCUCAUAUUCACAAGUUUCGUCUCGAUUAGUUGCAGCACCUCGAAGGCUUUAUCGAUUCUUACAAAGAGUCUGGUCGAUCUGCAAGCGAAGAUACUGCUUGUGAUUAUCGGUCUGUGGAUCACGAACUUGGCCUGGUCAAUUCCAGCAUUGGGCCGGCAUGACUACUCCUAUUGA